AUGAGUGAUAAAAUAAAAGUUAACUCGCCGGGACGUCGAAGUGAAGGACGAGGAGCAACACUUCCCCGACUUUCUGCUCACUCCCAACAGGGGCGAAGUGUUCCUUCAUUGAAAAGUGCGCAAAGUCAAAGCGAUGUGAUGGAUGAAGCUCGAGCUCUGCGACUCCAUAAGCAACGGCUUGAACAUCGCUCACGAAUACUGGAACAGCAAAACGAACAACUUGAGUUGCAAUUACAACGGUUGAAGAAAGUUAUUGAACAGCAAAAAGAGAACGGCUCCCGUCAAUGGAGCGCCGAUCGCGAGUGGGCAGAGCGACGAUCACAACCUCCAUUUGGUGCCGCUCCCGAUGAUCGUUUCGCUUACGAGGCAGCUCGGUCCAGAGCGGCUGAACGACCCGGCGCCGGCUGGGACGACGACGAUGGCGGCAUUGCUGACGCCUCAGGCGCUCAUGGGACUCGAAUGCAAUCUCUUCUAGCCACCGUCGAUGAUUUGGGUCGAGCGAUGGAAAAUCUGGUGGUGUCAGUGGUCUACGACAGUGACCAAGAGCAAUAA